AUGUCUUCCGUUCAACGCACUUCCUCACACACCUCGGCUGGCGCCAGCUCCACUGCUCUUUCUUCACCUACCCACCACAAGGAGAUGAACACUGACGAAACAACCAACACGGCGACACCGGCUUGCCAACCACCGCAGAUCGGCCAGGAAACAUUCUGGUCGCCACGGCUCAAAGUGCAACGUGGCGCUUACCUCAAGGCCGUGGGUGGGGCUGCCAUGCUUAUCAUGGUUGUCAUCUGGACCAUCGUCUCGAUCUACUGGGGAUCCGUGUACAAGGAGAUCGAUCUCUCGCCCAACCUUAACGCGUGGGUCAUCAAUCGCGAUACCGGCGCGGUAGGUUCUGCUGUACAGCAGGCUCUUUUGGAUACCAACAACAGCGCCGCCAGGCCGCGCAGCACGUGGACUGUCAUCGACCCUGCUCGCUUCCCAACUCAGGACCAGAUCGAUUACGAGGUGACCAAUGCUCUAUCCACUUGGUUGGUCGUCACUGUUGUCGAGAAUGCGACCGCCAAAUUGGAACAGGCUCGUGCUAACGGCGAUUCAUCCUGGGAUCCUCGCUCACUUGUAUCACUCACAUACGCCACUUCACGCAACUUUCAGGUGGUUCCAUCUAUGGUGCUCUCUCCCGCCAUGACAACGCUCAACAAGGCCGUCGCUCAGCUCAGCUCGCAAAUGGCUGCACAAUAUCUUUCCACGGUAGCUGGUAACCAGACCGCCAUCAGCAAUCUGGCCAACGCCCCACAGACGAUCACGCAACCCAUUAUCCUCAAUCAACGUGACCUGCGCCCUUACGAUGUGCCCGUUGCCAUUGCAGUGUUGGUGGUUGGUCUUAUCUACCAAUGCAUUUUGGCAUUCGUCUUUACUAUGGCAAAUUUUGGCGCCAGGCAAGCUCUGCAACCGUAUCUGCGCUUCCGAUCGCUUGUUGCAAUGCGCUUUGCGGCUCCGCUUGUGUGCUACUUCUUCUUGUCGCUCAUGAUCUCUCUCCUCAAUAUUCCUUUCGAGGUGCCCUUCGGACGCACCUUCAGCUAUGGUGCAGGAUUCAUGACUUGGUGGUGCGCUACCUUCAUCGCCAUGUGCGUACUUGGUUUCGUCACCGAGUGCUUCAUCUCUAUCGUCGGGCCCCGCUUUAUCGGCUUCACGCUUGUUUUCUGGAUCAUCAUCAACGUGUCGGUUGCCAACCUUCCGAUCGAGCUCUCUCCAUCGUUCUACAAAUAUGGCUAUUCGAUGCCCUUCUAUAGCAUUCGCCAGAUCUAUGUAAAGAUCAUCUUUGACGUCGGCGAGCGAGUCGAGAUGCUGAAAUGGUUCGGUAUUCUCUGGGCUUGGCUCGCCGUCGUUAUGCUUACCUUGCCCAUCUGGAUGCACUACGAGCGAAGCUCUGCAAUGAAGGGUCAGCAAGCUCAAAAGAAGCAGCAACAGCAGCAAAAGGAAAAGUCGACGUCCUCGUCCUAG